AUGUCGCUCCCCUCGCCCGCCUCCACUCCAGCAACCUCGCCCAUGCCGCUCCACCCCACCUUCGCUUCCGCGCUCAUACCACCCUCUCCGGACCCAUCUCACGCGCCUCGCGGUACGAGCGGCACUUCACGGCCUCUUCUCCCUAGCCGACUGUCCUCGGUUUCUGGACCUUCGAGCAGUCUCAUCCCGCCAGCGGCCGCCAAGCGGAUACCAUCCCGUUACUCGGGGUGUCAGCUGUGCGAGCUGGUCCGAGAGGCUCGGAAGGUGUUCGGAUAUUCUACAUCGGGUGGAGAUGGGCUACCGGGAUCUGCAGGUCCAUCAGGAAGUAGGCGCGGGAGCGCGGAUGGAGGUGGAGAGAGGGACCGAGGCCCAGAUUCGGCUGGACCGAGCACAGCUUCCAGCUCGAGCAGCUUCCCUUCACAUACUCGACCGCAAGGGUAUGCGCAGCCUGUCCAGCAGGCGUCAGGGGGCAGUAGCAGCUCGAAUGCUAGCCCUAUAGGCCAGACGAUCAAUGGGCGAGAGAUACUAUAUCACGACCCGGAUAUUACCGUCUAUCCUGCAGCGGGGGCCGAGCGGUUACGGUCAGAGGGGAAACACUUGGUGAUUGUGGUGAAUACGCACGCGGAGAGCGUGUACGAAUUCGGUCCCUCUGACGUUCCGCUCUUAUCGAAGAUCAUCGAGACGGCGCAGCUCCUCUUAGAUCCUGAACAUACCAAGGGGGAGAUCAAGGUCGGGUUCGUCGGCAACGUAAUGAAGGAUCCGCAGUCACCUCAUGCGCACCUGCACGCGCACGCCCUGCUCGGACCGCCAGAUACCAGUCUUCCCGGUUCAACCUUUUGGCGCCGGAACGUGGUCUAUGGAUUUGCGAAUUGGUGGUCUGUGCAAGAUCUUCGUGCAGAGAUCAGGGAAGGAUCAUCGAAUAACAGAAUCAAAUCAGGAUAUGAGAACCGGACGGGAGCGCCCAUCGAGAAGGUCCCCAAUGCCGGGUCAAGCUCGGUGAGCAAAUUCUUGUCGGGUUGCGGGUGUCAAGCGAGCUGA